AUGCUCACGCUGUUGUCAGCCAUCUUCCUCCCCAUCCGAGCUUCCUUCCGGCAGGUCUUCGACCGCCUCUAUGCGAGACACGAGGAUCGCAAAAUUCGACUGGCCGAAGCGCGCCAGAAGGAGAAGGAGGAGCAGCAGUUUGACUUCCGUCCCAGGCUGGAGCUGAGCCAGACUGGCCCCGCCGCCGAGGCCUCCAAGCGGCUUCACGAAGGGGUCGCCAAGAAGAGGCAAGCGCGAGAGGACCUUCAGCAGAAAUACGAUGAGGAGUUUCGUCUUCUGCACCCCUUCCGCCCCGAGCUGCAAGCGGCGGAGAAGCCAUGGCAGAACCGCGAGGAGUGGCUGCAGGACCAAGAGGAGUGGAGGCGGAAGAGAAACGAGAGGAGGGCCGGGAAGCUUCAAGAGAAGCUCGACGAGGAGGCCCAGUACUUGUCCUCGAGGAACCUGCACCGCGGGGCUCAGGCCGACCCAGAGGCCGUGGGCAGGCGACUCUUUCUCGCCGCCAAAAAGCGCGAGGUUCAGCUGCAAAAGCUGCGGGCGAAGCAUUUGGCUGAGGAAGACGAAGCUGUCGUGAACUCGCUCCAUCGAAAGCUCGACAAAUCCGCGGAGGCUGCCGAGAAGGUCGGCCGUGUGGUUGACCGCCUCUACGGCCAGGACAGGCAGGAACGAGAGCAGCGGCAGGAGCAGCGGAGGAUGAAGAAGCGCCUGGCCGAACGAGCCGAGACUUCUCUGCUCGAGGCGAUGUCCGUGCACAGCCCCGUGGAUCUCCCAUGUGAUGGCCUCUUCCAGGACAUCCGGGACAAGACCAGCCUCAAGCUGGAGCAGGAGCUUCGGGACUUGCGCGCCGCGCUGAUGGACCUCCGGAGCCGGGCCCUGAAUGCAGACCCUGCUGCGCUGCGCCGCUUCGCUGCGAACCAGGCCAGCGGAAAGGCCGACAAGCCACCACAAGCGAAGGCGCCAGGAGCAGGCUACGGAACGCGGUCCCACUCCCCGGCCAGGUGGGAGAGGGACCCGGCUCCGCGGCCUCCGCCACGUGCAGCCAGCGCCAGGCGACAGCCCAGCUCUGCACCAACGCUGCCACUGACUCCUAGGGCCAGGGCACCACCUGCUACAGCACGGCGUGACGCUUCCCCGGCACGCACCCCCAGGUCGCCCAGCCAGGCGAAGCAGCUCAAGGCCCCCGGCAGCUCGGCAAGUCCACGGCGGCCGCCCGACGCGAGGCCAGGCACGACGGCCAGCAAGAGCGUCGGGAGGUUGGAGGCAGCGCCGCGUGCGGCCAAGACCUCCCGGCCAGCUAAGACGGAACCUCCCAGGCGCCAGAUGGAACGGAAGCCGCCCGCCAGAAAUACGGACCAAGAAGCCGAGAAGUCCGGUGAAGCUCCCACCGAGUUCGACCCCGGGCAAGAACUGGCAGCCACCAAGAUUCAGAGUCGCGUCCGUGGCAAGCAUGCCAGGCGCGAGGUGGAGGGCAAGCGGGAAGCACGCGCUGCAAAAGCCGGACAAGAUUCAUCAGAGGAUGUGGAGGAGAUGGAUCCAAGCCCAAGCAGUGGUGGAUUUGACCGGGAGCAGGAACUGGCAGCUACCAAGAUUCAGAGUCGCAUCCGUGGAAAGCAUGCCAGGCGUGAGGUGGAGGGCAAACGGCAAGCAGCGCGAGCGGCAAGAGCCAGACAAGAUUCAGAGGAUGUGGAAGAGAUGGAUCCAAGCCCGAGCAGUGGCGGCUUCGACCGGGAGCAGGAACUGGCAGCUACCAAGAUUCAGAGUCGCAUCCGCGGCAAGCAUGCCAGGCGUGAGGUGGAGGGCAAACGGCAAGCAGCGCGAGCGGCAAGAGCCAGACAAGAUUCAGAAGAUGUGGAGGAGAUGGAUCCAAGCCCAAGCAGUGGUGGAUUUGACCGGGAGCAGGAACUGGCAGCUACCAAGAUUCAGAGUCGCAUCCGUGGAAAGCAAGCGAGGCGCGAAGUGGAGAAGAAGAGGCAAGCCGAGCCGGAAGCGCUUGCGGAGGAUGGAAAGGCUUCCGAUCAGCGCCCAGGCGCCCCAUCGCAUGAGCAAGAGCUGGCAGCCACGAAGAUCCAGAGCCAAGUGCGUGGCAAGCAAGCAAGGCGCGAGGUGCAGUUGAGGAAGCAAAAAACCUGGGUUCCGCUGGAUGAGACUCCCAGUAGCGUCUCUCCCAGUGCGGACCGCGAGCAAGAGCUGGCUGCGACGAAGAUCCAAAGCCGAGUGCGCGGCAAGCAAGCAAGGCGUGAGGUCGAGAAAAGGAGAGAGGCACGGAGAAGCGAGUCGGACGAGGACUCGGGGGACGUGGGGAACACUUUAGAGUGGCAUGCUGCGCUGCAAGCACUCGUGGGCCGGCAGCCAGCGGCAGGAAGAGGAUGA